CGUCCGUCCACCUUGCCUAAGGUAAUAAAACAUUCACUGGUCAUUAAGCUCUCUGCCUCUGUAUGCUUGUUGAAGGUAUUUUUUUCUCUCCCUUUGACAGGUGUCCCAGGACCGGCAUCCAACCUGCUAAAAGAUGAGCUGGACCGCUGGUACGCAGUGCGUCGCCAAGGGAGACCACAGGAAGCCCAAACCAGGGGAGUUGGCAUACUGCAAAGGUGACAUCCUCACCAUCCUUGACACCAACAUAAUGAAUAAAGGAUACUACAAAGCCCGACAUAACUCCACCGGAGAAGAGGGGAUCAUAAACGGCAGCAAUGUGCGUGAAAGAGGAGCUCUGCGUGUUGAUGCAAGCCUCAGCCUCAUGCCAUGGUUUCACGGGAAGAUCUCGGGCCCAGAUGCCGUCUGCAAGCUGCAGCCGGCGCAGGACGGCCUGUUCCUGGUGCGGGAGUCCAUCCGUCACCCCGGCGACUACGUGCUGUGUGUGAGUGUGUGUGGGGAGGUCAUCCACUACCGUGUGAUGCACCAGGACCACCAGCUGACCAUUGACAACAAGCAGCACUUCCCCAACCUCAUCCACAUGAUAGAGUUCUACUCUCACAACAAGGGCUCCAUUGCUCAAACGCUCCUGAAACCCAAAGCCAAACACGGAGCCAAGUCGGCGGAGACGGAGCUAUCCAAAGCUGGAUGGCUGCUGGACAUCUCCAAACUCACACUGGGGCACAGCAUUGGAGAAGGGGAGUUUGGUGCUGUGUUUGAAGGCGAGUAUUUGGGCCAGAGGGUGGCAGUCAAGACCAUCAAAUGUGAUGUCACAGCGCAGGCCUUCCUGCAGGAGACGGCCGUGAUGACGAAGUUGAAGCAUAAAAACCUGGUGGGCUUGCUGGGUGUCAUCUUGCACAAAGGCCUCCUCAUCAUCACAGAGCUCAUGACGAAGGGAAACCUGGCAAACUUUCUCCGGACAAGAGGCCGCUCGGUCAUCAGCCGCGUGCAGCUGCUGGUCUUUGCACUUGAUGUGUGUGAAGGAAUGGAGUACCUGGAGUCCAAGAAGCUGGUGCACAGAGACUUGGCCGCUCGCAACAUCCUGGUCUCGCACGACACUGUGGCCAAGGUCAGCGACUUUGGGCUGACUCGGGCCGCCUCCAAGGUGUCGGACAACCAGAGUGCCAAACUGCCCGUUCGAUGGAGCGCCCCAGAAGCGCUGAGUAAUGAGAAGUUCUCCACCAAGUCAGACGUUUGGAGUUACGGCGUCCUCCUGUGGGAGAUCUUCUCUUAUGGUCGCCAACCCUACCCAAAGAUGUCUCUGCAGGAGGUGAAAGAGCGAGUGGAGGGCGGCCACCGCAUGGAGGCUCCGGGCGACUGCCCCCCCGCUGUGUACGCCCUCAUGACCGUUUGCUGGGACAAGGAGCCUCGCAGGAGACCCGCCUUCCACAAAGUGAGGGAGAAACUGGAGCAACAGACGCCUUGAAGAGUUCUGACAGCGUCAGGUUUGGAUCCGGACACGGAGGUGGAUAUCCCACACGACAUGUUGAUAAGAUAUUUUCUGAUGAACAUUUGUGGAAUAUAAAACAUUCCGGGUGGAAUACGGUCCUGUAAUAAUGCACACACACACUCGCCAGUACAGUUGACCCAUUGGAGCGUUUCUUCUCCAUAGUUCUUGUCUUGAAGAUACCACCAACCAUUC